AUUUUUGUUUUAAAAAUUGUUAAAGUAUUCUUAUUAAUUAUAAACAAAAAUAAAAUGAUUAAGGGUAAAAUUGCUGGAGAAGGACAGGAGUUGAGUCCAUUGCCUGAUCAGAAGCAAGAUACUGCGCUUUUGAGUGUUUCUUUCUCUCCUGCCCAAAAGGAGCAACAGAUCUCUCCCUCGCAUGCCCAGAAGGAGGAGCGUUCUUCUCUCUCGCUGCCUGUGAUAAGCUACACGCGCUUCCAAGACGAAACCGAGCUAACGGUCCUGCAGGGCCUCAUUGACAAGACCCUCUCGGAGCCGUACACCCUCUACACGUAUCGCUACUUUGUCUACAACUGGCCCGAGCUCUGUUUCUUUGCACGCGACGAGGAUCGUUAUGUGGGCGUGGUUGUGUGCAAGCUGGAGUCCAACGGAGUGGGUUUGUUUCAGGGCUACAUAGCUAUGCUGGCCGUGGAUAUGGCCUAUCGCAAGCAGCACAUUGGCCGGACGCUGGUGGUGAAGGCCAUCGAGGCGAUGGUGGCCAAAGAUGUGGAUUUGGUGGUGCUCGAAGCGGAGUACUCGAAUACGGCGGCAUUGGCCCUGUACGAGAGUCUUGGCUUUAUACGAGAGCAGCGUUUGUUCAAGUACUACAUGAAUGGGGUGGAUGCCUUUCGUUUGAAGUUGUGGCUAAAGAAUGUUAUGGUGCCAUUGUCGUUGGAUAACUUUGAUGAUGAAUAUUGAUAUUGAUACUGCUCUGGCCUCCACUCGUUUAUUUCCAUGUGUUAAUGAAUGUUUUAUGAAUUGA